AAAGUCCGCGCGGACUCCUCGGAUCGGCGCGGAGGCCAGCUCCCCGGCGCACGGGGCGCGCAACAGGGCUGCGCGGGGAGACGCAUUCGGGGGCGCAGCCGGGGAGAGGAUCCGAGAAACCCUGCGCGGACCUCCGCGGGCGGAUGCCGCUGUGCCCUGUGCUCUGUCCGAAGGAGGGCCUGCGCGCCCAGGCCCAGGAGGGCCCCAAGCCGGGCACGGCGGCGGUGCAGAGGUGCCUUCCGUGGAGGACAUCGCCAACAGCCAUGGCGGAGCGCUGCGGCGCGUGCCAGAGCAGGCUCCGCGACGACGCAGUCAUAAACAGGGCGAGCCUUGGAACUCCCGCACGGCCCCAGAUUCGGCACCGCUCCGCCCCCGCCUCACUCUCACGCAGCGGGGUGCGAGGGCCGCGCGCCCGCGGCCAGCAGGCCAGGCGUCUAAACAUGGGCGGGAAGCUUCGGUUCGAGCAUGCCAGUCGGGGCGAUGAGCCCGGGGGAGAAAGAGGGCGGAGCACGGAGGAAAAAACGGAAGGAGAAAGGGAGGGAGGAGGAGGAGCACUGAUGAUGGCACCAUUGGGCGGCCAGUACUGGCUCCGCGCGUUGCGGGAGGCCGCAGCGGCGUCUACGCUUUGACGGUGAUGUUGCCGCCGCGGUACCUCGGGGAUCUUGUUGCCCCGGUUGCUGCUGUCCGGGC